AUGCCUCUCAGUACUAGUGCUAACAAUAUGCCCACCAGCACUAGUGGCAGUAAUACAUCCAUCAUCACUAGUGGUAUUAGUUCCUCUGUCAGUACAUCUACUACCAGCACACUCACCAGCAAUAGUAGUACAAAUAUGCCUCACAGUACUAGUACUAACAAUAUGCCCACCAGCACUAGUGGCAGCAAUACAUCCAUUAUCACUAGUGGUAUUAGUUCCUCUGUCAGUACAUCUACUACCAGCACACUCACCAGCAAUAGAAGUACAAAUAUGCCUCACAGUACUAAUACUAGCAAUAUGCCCACCAGCACUAGUGGCAGCAAUACAUCCAUUAUCACUAGUGGUAUUAGUUCCUCUGUCAGUACAUCUACUACCAGCACACUUACCAGCAAUAGUAGUACAAAUAUGCCUCACAGUACUAAUACUAACAAUAUGUCCACCAGCACUAGCAGUAGCUAUACAUCCAUUAUCACUAGUAGUACUAGUUCCUCUGUCAGUACUUCGAUUAUCAGUACAACCACCAGUUCUAGUAGUACAAAUAUGCCUAGCAGUACUAGUGCUAACAAUAUACCUAUAAGUACAACCAGUAUACCUAUCACUAUUAGUACUACAAGUAUGCCUAUUGUUACUAGUGCUACCAGCAUGUCUAUAAGAACCAGUGCAACUAGUACAACUAUCAGUACUGAUAUGACUAAAGUUACUAGUGCUACCAAUAUAACCAGCAGUGCUACUAAUACAAUUAAAAAUACUCCAACAACAGCUGUUAUCAGUCAAGCAGCACAGUCUCUCCUAACAUCACCUGCAGGACUCACUACCACUAAAUCCAGUGAGAAAAUAACCACAUCCAUUGCAUCCAAGCCAACAACUACAGUCAGUUUCUACCUGGUCCUAAUGAAUAUCUCAGUGUCAGGUGGCAGUAUAAAUGAGGACUUGGCUCUUGAACUUACAAAAAACAUGAUGAAUCUUAUUUUGAAGGAUACAGAUUUUGCAGUGGUUCAGCUUAAGGUGAAUUUACGCUACAGUAAUGACCCUUUGGAUGAACCUGAACAAAGUGCCAAAAUAAAGAGGAGUGAAAUAAGAGAUAGCGCAGAUUUCAUAUUUGAGUCAAAACUGGCCUUGUUGGCAACUUCGUCUGAAACCCAUGAUACCUUGACCAAAAGCUUGACAAAUCUCUUGAAGAACUUUAAUUACACAGAUACACAGCUGCAAAUGAACCUCUCUGUAAUGUCUGUUAGAGUGCAGCAUUUAGUUCUAGGGCGAUGUCCUCAAGAGACUAUGAUUUCCGGUAAUAAAGGAACAUAUGAAUGGAUGGCAGAAGAUCCAACAGAAACUGCCAUGCAUCCAUGUCAAAAAAACCCAGAGGAAUUUGCUACCAGAUAUUGCAAUAUUAACAUCACUACUGAACGUCCAAAUUGGGAAAAUCCAGAUGUGGAAAGAUGCUUGCCCAUCCAGGCUUUUCCUGAAACUAUAAAAGAGCUUCAAAAUAUUGUUGUAACCUUAGAAAAUGCCAACACUUUAGCCAAGCACAUUUUAAAUCUAAUCAAGGACUUUGAAACGUUAUCAAGAGAUGAGACAAAUAUCAUACUCACCAAAAUUUCUGAAAUUGUUGGCUUGGGAGGUUUCAAUCUGAUGAGGGCACAGACUUUGUUAGCCAUUCUUAACAACAUCAUGAUAAAGGGAGCGGAAUUGUGGACUUUUACCAAUAGGAUUUUGAAUCUCACAGAGAAAAUUGGAUACAUAAUGGAUUUUUCUGGCAUGACAGCCAGUGUCAUCGAAGCAACUAUGGCUUUUUCCGUGUCAAACGUUCAAUUUUACACUUUUGAGGAAAUCUAUUUUACUGUGAAAUCAUAUGAGCAAGGAAAAAAUCCUGAGAUAACCCUACAGAAAGUACCAGUAGACCAGGCUGUAGCUUAUGUAUAUUUGCCUCAGGAAAUAAAAAACCAUGUUGAUGCUGCCAUAUCCAAAGUACAGUUUAACUUCUUUGGUAAAACAUCUCUUUUUAAGGACUACAGUUGCAGCAGUACUUUAAACACUUAUGUUAUAAGUGCCAGUAUUGAAGGGACCAGGAUCCAGGGACUAAAUGAGCCAGUGCUUUUAACUUUAAGGCAUAUUAUAGAAAAUAAGAAUGAGAAGCCAGUGCAGUGUGUAUUUUGGGACUUUAAUGCAAAUAACAGGAUGGGUGGAUGGAACUCCUCAGGAUGUUCAGUACAAUAUGGAAAUGCCAACUACACAACCUGUUAUUGCACACACCUUACCCACUUUGGAGUUCUUCUGGAUCUUUCCAGAGAAGAUGUUGACCCUUCGAAUGAUCGCAUAAUGAGCCUGUUGACCUAUGCGGGGUGUGGGAUUUCUUCUCUUUUUUUAGGAGUAUCUCUAGUGACAUAUUUGGCAUUUAAGUCACUAAGGAAAGAUUAUCCAUCAAAGAUUUUAAUGAAUCUGUCAGUUGCUCUAAUCAUGCUGAACCUGGUCUUCCUGAUGAACAACUGGUUAUCAUCGUUUCAGGAUUAUGGCCUGUGCAUCACCUGUGCUGCCUUACUCCAUUACUUUUUGCUGGCAUCAUUUACAUGGAUGGGGCUAGAAGCUGUCCACAUGUACUUUGCAUUUGUCAAAGUAUUUAAUUUGUAUAUCCGUAACUACAUACUAAAAUUCUGCCUUGUUGGAUGGGGUAUACCUGCAAUUGUUGUUGCCAUUGUACUGAGUAUAAAGCGAGAUUACUAUGGAAGUGGAUCUCAUCAUAUACAUUAUGCUGUCACUGAAGAGACUGAAUUAUUCUGCUGGAUUCAGAACAAUGUGGUAUUUUAUGUGACAGUUGUUGGCUACUUCUGCUUCAUAUUCCUAACCAAUAUAGCCAUGUUCAUUGUGGUGUUCAUUCAGAUUAACACAUUAAAAUCUAAAAGGAUGAAGGACUGGAAGUCUUCCUUCAUUCGUGACUUAAAAAGCACAAUUAGCCUUGCUUUUUUACUUGGAUUGACAUGGGGAUUCGCUUUCCUUGCCUGGGGCCCUGUCAAAAUUGCCUUUUUGUACCUGUUUUCCAUUUUCAACACAUUACAAGGCAAGUUAGUGUCUUGCUUAGGGUAAAAUGUAGAAAAUAACUGAGCACUGGAUGCAUAUGAAAUAUGUUUUAGGUAAUAACUAUUGCAAACUAGCCAAAGGAUUGGUUGAUUGGCAUCUUGCUGACAGUGUUCUUUUCAAAUGUAAUAUUUUUAGUACAAGAAUGGAACCUGUUAUCCAUAAUGCUUAGGACCUGGGGGUUUC